UUUCUGUGCAGUGGUGAAAACUGACCAAUGAGAAGAAUGUUAGUGGGCAUAUUUUUCUUUUAUUGGUCAUUCUAAUAUAAUCUCGAACCCAAGGUUCUUACAAUACAAAAGUUAAGAUGGAGGAUCUUGCUGUAGAAGUAUGCGGUGAGAAUGGGGCCUACUAUAAGGCCUUUGUAACGGAUGUAUUUGAAGGCGAAGUAUCCGUGGCGUUUGAAAAUGACUGGCAGCCAGAGUCGAAGUUCCCCUACGCGCAAGUGCGUCUUCCACCGGAUGUGCUCAAUCCGAAGGCGGACUACGUGGAGAACCAGGAGGUGGAGGUGUACUCUCGGGCCAACGACCAGGAGGCCUGCGGUUGGUGGCGGGCGAUCAUCAAGAUGAUCAAGGGUGACUUCCAUGUUGUGGAGUACUUGGGUUGGGAGAGCACGUACACAGAAAUUGUGGCGAGCGAUAGGUUGCGGCCCAAGAACCCUAACCCUCCCAUCGACAGGAACACAUUUUUUAAAUUCGAGAUUGAAGUACCUGAAGAACUUAGAGAAUACGCAAAAAUGGACAACGCCCACAAGGAGUUCCAGAAGGCCAUAAGCGCGGCAAUAUGCAGGUUCGUGGCGGAGCGGGGUGUGCUGAGCGUGAUCUCCCGCAGCGACCAGUCGAAGAAGCGCUCGUCCAUGCUGCAGGAGAUGCACUUCCGCAACCUCAGCCAGAAGGUGCUGCUGCUGAAGCGGACGGAAGAAGCCGCACGCCAGCUCGAGUCCACCAAGCUGCAGAAUGUCGGAGGCAGAUAUAGAUCAUCGAACUAUAGUUAUCAGCGUGUCUCAAACUAUGAGGCAGGGGUGAGAACAGAUGCAAGGUACUCGGAUGAAUUCAGCGUGCGAGAGGAUCUCAUGGGGCUUGCGAUUGGAGCGCACGGAGCCAACAUCCAACAGGCUCGCAAGGUGGAGGGAAUCACCAACAUUGAACUAGAGGAAAACUCUUGUACAUUCAAAAUUUAUGGUGAGACUUCUGAAUCGGUGAAGAAAGCACGAAGUAUGUUGGAGUACAGCGAAGAGUCCAUUCAGGUUCCAAGGGUGCUAGUAGGGAAAGUGAUAGGCAAGAAUGGCCGCAUCAUCCAAGAGAUUGUUGACAAAAGUGGCGUUAUAACAACUGGCUCGAGUGGGAAUAUACAUUCAGUUAGAGUGCGCGUGAAAAUAGAAGGCGAUAAUGAGCCACAGCCGACAAUUCCUCGCGAAGAGGGCCAAGUUCCUUUUGUGUUUGUAGGUACAGUGGAGAGCAUAGCAAACGCUAAAGUUCUUCUGGAGUACCAUCUCGCACACCUAAAAGAAGUUGAAGCGUUACGGCAGGAGAAGUUGGAAAUCGAUCAGCAGUUGAGGAGCAUACAUGGUUCUACGAUGGGCUCGAUGCAGAAUUUUCCUAUCCAGAGGCGCAAUGACAGUGGUUGGCUUUUUUCCAGGGGCUACAACUCGGACAUGGAUGGCGGCAGCAGUAGAGGACGGGGGGGCCCGAUGCGGGGCCGAGGGAGGGGGCGUGGCGGUCCCGGCCGGCAUGGUGACUCCAGGUUCAACUCUGGCUCGCGGCACCAGACGCCCGACACGGCGGACGAGCGGGUGCGGGACCUGCCCCCCAGGCAGCAGCACCAGUACCAGGGCCCACCGCGCCAGGGCCAGCAGGGGCCCCCGAGGCAGAGCCAGCAGGGGCCCCCGCGACGGGACGCCGGCCGCCGCGAGGAGCGCCGCCGCAUGACGGACGACGAGGAGACCAUCCUGGACAGCCAGGACGUGUCGAGCGUGGAUCGCGAGUCUGUGUCGAGCGUGGAGGGCUCCCGCACGCGGCGGAGAAGGCGUAGACGUAGGACGCGGGCCCGUAGUCAGACACCUGCCGGCGAGACGGUCGACGCGCCAGGUGUUGGAGUGACGGCGGGUCCCAGCGACCAGUCUGCGUUCACCAGCAAGGAAGGCACGCCGGCGGCAGAAGGGCAGCCCAAGGGCCAGCGAGAUCAGAAGUCACGCAACCAGCGACCACCUCCCUCAAAGCGUGCCGACGGCAAGCCCAAAGAAGCGAUGGUAAACGGCACUUCCGCCUAAACUUGGAAGAAAAAAAAAUCAUUUCUAACCUACUCUCUCUUUCUGAAAAGGUGAUGCACAAUGUUUUUGAUUCGGUGACUGCAACUUUUUUUUUUCCGGAGAUUUUUGCGAAGGGAGGCGAAGAAAGGACAGUCUAGGAAUGUUGUGUACGGGGGUGUGAGGCUUGAGUACGUAUUGUUUGUGUGCCAUUAUUCACCCACAUUGCGACCGGACUCUUGGCGAUCCGUUUGUGCGGUCGGCGACGCGUGGCGUGGUUCACCGUGCCGGCAGUUGGGAGCGGUGUGACACAGCAGGUGCAAUCAAGAUGUGGUCGUUCGACAGCAUGUUUAGUAUUUGCUGAACUCUGGAAAAUCGAAUUGAUGACUGCCGACUUAGUACUAUACUUGACUCAUUACGCGACUCACUACUGGAGGUACCCAGAUUAGCAUUAAGCUUUCUGAUAUUGUCUCAUGUGCAUUGUUAGAGAGGCUCUUUCUUGCUAUGAUAAAUUAUUAGUUUUGGUAGUUUCAUAACCAUGGAGAAUUGAUAACUUCACCCGAUUUGCCAACAUUUUUAUUUUAGAUUAUUUUUAAUUUCCCUUGCUGUUUUCGUUUGGCACUAUGUCUAGCUUUUAUUUGAAGAGAAAAAAAUUGUUAGUAGAUUUUUGGUUGAAAAUAUUUUUUGGGGUUUUUUGAAAUAGGUAACAGAGGAUCUCCAUAGUUAUUUGAAGCUCUUGUGAUUGCAAGAAAUAAAAAUGUAAAUGGUAAAAACAAAGCAUAAGAGAGAAAUUUGCUGUAGUAUCAUAUUCUCAACAUUGUUACAAUGUAAGAUACUUAACUCACUCAUUUUUUUCCAUAAAACCUUUCAAGGGAUGUAUCCUUGUUGCAUAAUGUGAAAAAUUACUUGCUGUUUAUUUUAGGUUGAAUGAUGCUUUGUUAAUUUUUUGUUAUGUUUGUGUUGGUAGAAAUGGGCUGUGGCAGUAAUGGCAAACAUAUUGUAAUAGUGUUUGCUCAGUUUUGUACUAUCAUGUUGGCUUGUGGUCGUAGCCUUUUAACUUUUAUCUUGUAAGAAACAUUUUGUAAUCACCUUCUAAAUUAAAAAAAUAUUCAGCCUGUCAUUCAUCUACAUAGGAUGUAUUUUUGUGUGUGUGUUCAUAUGAAUGGUCAUUCAGCUCACGUCUUAGUUGGCAGCUCUUUCGCCUGUUUGAAUGUUGUGAGAUUUUAAAUUUGUUGGGCUCUUUAAUAUUAAUUAAUUAUUUUUUAUUUUUUAUUAUUAUUUUUUUUGCGGAAAAAUGAAAUUAAUGUAACGGACAGUUGUGAGUUUGUAUUUGUUGAUUGCUAACCUGACUUGUCCAUUAAAGCAUGUUGGAAAAUUCUACCGUUGGUUUUAAUGAAAACAAAAACUUGCUUAAAUUAUUUAUUUUAAUGCUGUAAUAAAGGCAAUUUUUCUUUUCUUUUAUUUCUGGUAUUAUUUUAAUGUUUUGUUUAUACACUGGCGUAGUUUAUUUGGAAUGUGUAAUUGGUGCUACAUACUGGAAUGAUAUUUGCAAAUGUUUGAUUCUUGAAUUUGUCGUCCAUAUGUGUCAGCUGUCGUGCAGUAAAUUGGGAUAUUUGUGCGUGUGUUUAUCUGUAUGUUGUUAUAUUAUUUAGUCUGGGUAUGAUCGCUAAAUGUCACAGCAAGGGUGUUGAUAACGCAUAUGCAAGACAUUUUGUGCAUGUAAUUGCUGCAUGAUGGGCAAUCAUUGCAUAAGGGCACAAAUACAUGUGUGUAUAUGACACGUGAUGAGUACGUAUAUUUGUGGAAACUGCUAAGUAAUUCGUAUCCACAUUUUUUGGAGGUAAUUAAUAGUAGCUGUAUAAAAAUAUGUAAAGUUUGCUAAAAAUUCAACAGCUCAUAAGUGGGAUAGCUUCAAUUCUGUUAGUAUUACUGCGUAUUGAGGGCAACAUUACUGCAUACACAGUGGAGUGGGCAGUUCAUUAAGCUUAUUUUUCUUGCAGUAUAAUGUGUUUAUAUUAAAUUGUAAUUUCUUUAAAUUACAUAUUUUGCAACGAAUGUUAUUUUCAUUUAAAGGUAAAGAUGUGAUACUUGCUCUAAUUUAGUGACUUUAUUGUUUUGUAAUAUUCAGAAUUGUUUAAUUUUUUUUUUUUUUGCAUGUUUUAGAAAAGACACAUAGGAGUGUGAGAGUGAUUUUCUUGUAAAUGGUUUUCUCUGUAUUGCAAAAUUAAGUACUGAGUUGUUUAGCCUUCAACAAUGCUUUGUAGGCACUGCAUAAAUUGUAUGAGAAACGGAUCGUGGAUGUUUAGCUUGUGCAUUAAGUGUAGUUGUGUUCAUGUUACUCAUGCUAUUACUUGGAAAUAAUUCACUUUUCACAAAGUCCUUAGUAUAUUAUUGCAGAAUUGUGCUUAUGUAGCUUUGAGUUACUGGUAUGCUCAUAUUGCAGUGAAAUAUUGCUGCCAUGUUACUGGAUCAUUUCUGGUACCUUGGAAACACAAAUUAUUUUCAUUUAUGGUAGUUUGGAUGAAAAGUAAUUGUACUUGUAUUUAGUGACAUUUAGUUGCGCAUUCUGCUAACAUAGCCACAAUUUCCAUAAAUUUAAGGUAUUUUUGUGUGGCGUACCAGCUUAGCUUAGUAUUACCGUGUUUUAUGGGCGCACAGCUUUUUAACGUGUAAUGUGGGAGAAAUCAUGUUAACAUAAAACCUUUUUGUAUAAUUUAAAUAGAAAUUUACUUAUCUCCUAAGUUGUGGUAGUUAAAUCAUCAAGUUCACUUAGGAAGUAAUACUUUAAUUGUUGUACAUAUUUUCAUGCAUCUAAACUUUUAGUUGUACACUUUAUUCAGGAUAAGAUUGAACUAUUUGAAUAGUUAUGGUUUUUAUUAUGCAUUUUAUCUAGUGUUCAUUCCCCAGUAUUUUGAUGGUAACGACUGUAUUCAUGUGUCACCAUGUGACACCCAGCUGUCAGCAUAGUUCGUUUACAUUCUUCAAAUGACACUUAUAGAGAAACUUGUGAAGUAACCUAACACAUGUAUUUUCCUCUAUCAGAUUGAAGUAUCUGAAAUUAAGUAGUGUUGGUAUUUUUUUGUUAAUGCUACACGUUAUUCCUUUUCUGCCAUUUUCCAAUUCAUGUUUAGGAUACUUGACACUAUGUAGAUUGUAUUCUGCAGCCAUUUGCACAGAUUAGAUUUCAGUUUUCGCUUCCAUAAUGGACUGUUUGCAGGUAUAAAUAUAUUUUUUAAAACAAAAAGGAUCACCUUAUCCUGAAUGUUAAGGCUAAACAUUUAUAUCUAUUGUGACCAGUUUAAUAAUAUGUAAAUGUUUUAAAGUGCUAGAAUAAUCUUUUUAACUCUUCACUUAUGACUAUCUAAACAAAUUUUCUAUGCCAAUGAUUUUACUUCUUGUACCAACAGGAUGCUUUAAAAGCUUAGUUAAUUUUCUUUCCAAAUUGUUUAUGUAAGUUUUCCUUCUUUUCAUGUCUUUCAUUAUUUAAUAGUGAAUUAAUUCAUGAUGACAUACAAUUAAAAUUUUAGUAAUUUUCAUGAAUGUUAGGUUUGUUUGGAGGUUAUGUGGCUAGCUUAGUUCCCAAAAUGUGCGCCCAUAUUACAUACAGCACCAUAAUUGCAUGAAUUUCUUUUUGCUAUUGAAGUUUCAAGUGCAGUGUGUUUCAUUUAGCUUCAGUGUAGUGUCAACUGUAGAAACAUCUCAUAUUAAUAGCAGCAGAAGUUGUAAAAUAAGGUGGUUGAGUGUGGUUAUGUGACCAACAUGAUAAGCAGAUGUGAUAAAUUUUGCACACCUGCUCUUGUGUACUUAAUUCACUUCUAGGUAAUUAACAAAAAGAAGAUUGGUUUGAGCUGGCUAUUGUCUAAAUGUUUAUUCCAAUUGUGAAAACAGUUUGUAAGUUUAAUUUAUACAUAGCUAGCUUCAAAUGCUUUGUAUUACGUAACUGGUAGGAAUGUGAUUGGUAAGUUGUGUUCAUUUCACAUUCAAAUGUUGCAUGUUCAAUCUAUAUAAUUGUGUGGACAUAUUUUCUGACACACACAUUGGCAUUCUGUAUUCAAGGAAAUGAACAAUCUAAAACACUAUAUUAUAUCGUUGCUACUAGUGACAUGAUAUGGAUUUAUUAAGCAAGGGAGAGGGCUAUUUGCUGAUGAUUCCACAGGUUGUCAUAGCUAAACUGUGAAUGGGGAAUAUUACUUGAUGUGAUACAAUCCGAUUCUCAAUGUUGUAAACACACUCUGACUAGACGUGCAACCCUUCCUUGGAGACAGGUGAAGGCAUGAAGAAUAUGCCACAUUUUAGUGGCUUUGAGGUUAAAACACUAUCGUCGACAAAGUGGAUUUGAGCAACACGUAACAACUUGCGCAUUUUUGUCCCAUUUUUUUAAAACGAAAGGAAAGCAAUAUCAUUGAUUCUUCCUCCCUGAUGUGCUUAUUAUUGAAAUAGAUUUGUAUUGAUCUUGCAAUGUUUGCAUAUUAUUUAAGAAUAAACCAUUUCUGUACAUAUA